AUGUUUUCACAGUUUCAACCUGUCAUUCACGCGCCGCCGGAGCCAAAGUUAACCACCCAAUCUCGUGUUGAAUUCCGCAAGGUCAUUGGCCGGCUCUCCUUACAGGGAGUAGGGACGAAGAAGCAGCAUCCGGAGCAAUGCAUUUCCCAGGCUCGGACCAGUCUUCCAUUUCUCGAUGGCAGAGUAAAUUCCACUGCCUACGCUUCGGUACUCGAUUCCUGCAGCUUUGCUGAGUUCGGAAAACAGGUGCACGCACACUUGCUGAAAAAUGGGUUUCAUGGGCGGGAAUUUGUUCAGACCAAGUUACUGCAGAUGUACGGGAGAUGUGGGUGUGUCGAUGAUGUGACUCUUGUUUUCGACCAAAUGCCUGACAGAAACUUGUACACGUACACUGCGAUUCUCAAUGUGCUUUUAGAUGUUGGGCUCUUCCAGGAAGCUUUCAUGUAUUUUGAAAGAUUGCUGUUUGAAGAUGUCGAUUUGGAGUUCUUCAUUUUCCCUGUGGCGUUAAAGAUUUGUGGUGGCUAUGGUGGGGUUGAGUUGGGGAUGCAAUUGCAUGGAGCUGCAAUGAAGAUUGGACUUUUGGGGCAUAUUUACGUGGGAAAUGCUUUGAUUGACAUGUAUGGAAAAUGUGGGAGCUUGCACGAUGCUCAGAAGGUUUUCAAUACUAUGCUGGAAAGAGAUUGUGUUUCUUGGAAUUCAAUGGUUACAGCUUGUGCUGCUAACCGGAGGGUGUUUGAAGCACUGGAUGUUUUGGAGGAAAUGUCGACAGACACUUGUUUGAUGCCGAAUUUUGUUUCCUGGAGUUCUUUGAUUGGUGGAUUUGCACAGAAUGGAUACAAUGAGGAAGCCAUCGAGACGCUCUACAAAAUGAGAGUCGCAGGAUUUCAACUGAAUGCACGAAUUCUAGCAAGUGUUCUUCCUGCUUGUGCGAGACUGGGGAAGCUGAAGCUAGGCAAGGAAAUAUACGGAUACAUCACAAGGCAUGGGUUUAUGUCAAGUCCUUAUAUUGUGAAUGGAUUGAUAGAUCUGUACCGGAGGUGUGGUGAUAUGGGGAGUGCUUUUAAAGUCUUUUCUAAAUUUUCGGUGAAAGAUGAGGUCUCUUUCAAUACCAUGAUAGCAGGAUAUUGCGAUAAUGGAGAAAUUCUUAAGGCAAAGGAGCUCUUUGAUAUGAUGGAAUCUGAGAGCAAACCAAGGGAUUUGAUUUCCUGGAACUCAAUGAUCUCUGGAUACAUAGAUAAUCUCAUGUUCGACGAAGGUUUGAGAAUGCUAAGAGACUUAAUGAACAAAGGGGAGAUUGAACCUGAUUCUUUUACCUUGGCCAGUGCUCUUGGUGCUUGCGCUGAGAUAGGUUCUCUGAGAUUGGGAGAAGCAAUACAUUCAUUUUGUAUAGUCAGAGGCCUCCAAUCGAAUCUGUUUGUUGGUGGAGCAUUGGUAGAAAUGUACUGCCAAUGCAGGGACCUGGAGGCUGCACAAAAAGCCUUAGUUGAAGUACCUGAAAGGGAUAUAGCAAUAUGGAACGCUUUCAUUUCUGGAUACGCUCGUUGCAGCAGAAUUGAAAGCAUUCAAUGCAUUCUGGAAAGGAUGAAAGGUGACGGAUUAGAACCAGAUAUAUAUACUUGGAAUGGAAUAAUUGCGGCAUAUGUAGAGAAUGGCCACCAUGAGUUGGCUCUGCAGUUAUUCUCAGAGUUGCAGGCUUCAAAUUUGAGGCCUGAUAUCUACACUGUUGGAAUAGUUUUGCCUGCCUGCUCAAGGCUAGCUACUAUCGAGCGAGGUAAACAGGUUCAUGCACAUGCGAUCAGAUGUGGAUUUGAAUCAGAUGCAUAUAUUGUAGCUGCUCUCAUAGAUAUGUAUGCAAAGUGUGGCAUUAUGAAGUCUGCUGAAUUGGUCCACAAUAGGACCAAAAAACAUAAUCUGGUCACCAAGAAUGCAAUGCUCAAUGCAUAUGCCAUGCAUGGGCAUGGGGAGGACGGAAUUUCUUUCUUCCGUGAACUGCUGAUUGAAGGCUUUAAACCAGAUAACGUGACUUUCCUAGCAGUUCUUUCUUCAUGUGUUCAUGCAGGAUCGGUUGAUAUUGGACUAGAAUUCUUUGGUUUAAUGGGGUCUUAUUGCGUAAUACCAACAAUAAAACACUAUACAUGUAUGGUUGACCUACUGAGUCGAGCUGGCCAGCUCAAACAAGCAAAUACGAUGAUUGAGAGAAUGCCCAUGUAUCCUGAUUCAGUGAUUUGGGGUGCCCUGCUUGGUGGCUGUAUCAUCCAUGGGGAUGUGGAUCUAGGAGAAAUGGCAGCACAAAAGCUCAUAGAGUUAGAACCAGACAACUCAGGUAACUAUGUCAUGUUGGCAAACUUAUAUGCUUCUACAGGUAAAUGGCAUGAACUUCGAAAAAUAAGACAGCAAAUGAAUGAGGAUGAACUGCAUAAAAAUCCAGGGUUCAGUUGGAUCGAGGAUAAACAUGAAAGUCAUGUCUUUAUGGCAUGCGACACAUCUCACAAGAGAGCUGAAGAGAUUUAUGAGGUAUUGGACAAUUUAACAGCACAAAUGAGACUGGAGCAGGUCUAA